AUGGUCCUAGAAAAGGAAAACUUAGCCGAAGCCAUGGAGGGCAUCAUCAAGAACACUCGCAAAGUGCUGACGGAAAGUGGAGCUAACGUGACCCCGACCAAGGCGACCACGACCGCAAUGGAGGAAGACAAGGAAACCGUGGAUGAAAAUACUGUCGAUCCAAAAGAACUGGCCAAAGGCGAACUGUCCGAGGUGCAUUUGCAGGAUUCGGCUCCCUUCGAUCCAUCGAUCGAACCACUACUGAAGGAUAACCCUCGUCGGUUUGUGAUCUUCCCCAUCCAGUAUCCGGACAUUUGGCAGAUGUACAAGAAGGCUGAAGCUUCCUUCUGGACCGUGGAAGAGGUGGAUCUGUCUAAGGACAUGAAAGACUGGGAGUCGCUGAAACCGAGCGAACGUCACUUUAUCUCGCACGUGCUUGCCUUCUUUGCCGCAUCCGAUGGCAUCGUUAACGAAAAUCUGGUGGAACGUUUCAGCCAGGAGGUACAGGUUACGGAAGCGCGCUGUUUUUACGGCUUUCAAAUAGCGAUGGAAAAUGUGCACAGCGAGAUGUACUCACUGCUGAUCGACACGUACAUUCGUGACCCAAAGCAAAGAGACUUCCUGUUCAAUGCCAUUGAAACGCUGCCGUGCGUGAAGAAGAAGGCUGACUGGGCACUGAACUGGAUCUCAAGCAAGAAGGCAAACUUUGGCGAACGUGUCGUCGCGUUUGCUGCCGUCGAAGGCAUCUUCUUCAGCGGUAGCUUUGCCGCUAUUUUCUGGCUGAAGAAGCGCGGGCUGAUGCCGGGACUGACGUUCUCGAACGAGCUUAUCUCGCGCGAUGAAGGAUUGCACUGCGAUUUCGCUUGCCUGAUGUUCAGGUAUCUGGUACAGAAACCUUCCAAGGAGCGCGUGACGGACAUCAUCCGUGAUGCGGUUGUGAUUGAGCAAGAAUUUUUGACGAAGGCACUGCCGGUCGAUAUGCUCGGUAUGAACUGUGAUCUGAUGUCACAGUACAUCGAGUUCGUGGCCGAUCGUUUGCUGCUGGAGUUGGGCUGUGACAAGAUCUAUCACACCAAAAACCCGUUCAGCUUCAUGGAGUUCAUCUCGCUCGAGGGCAAGACGAACUUCUUCGAGAAGAAGGUGGGCGAAUACCAAAAGUGGGGUGUGAUGGCAAACCGUCUUGACAACGUGUUCACGCUCGAUGCAGACUUCUGA